AUGUCAUCGUCGGCUACCCAGGCCAACGCUGGACACGAGCCUGAACCCGUUUCCGCCACGAUCGUGACGUGCUGCAAUACCUCAAUACCGCCUGCUCAUGGGUUUUCGCUGCCGUCGUGGCCUCCGCCGCUGUUCUCUUUUGACAUUUCCUCGUCGCUUAGUCCUACAUCCACGACGACAGUGCGAGUGCGGACUACGAUAUAUGUGACGCGCAAUGUUACAGUCUCGGGACCACCUCCCAUGCAGACACACUCGGGAGGAGAAUACACCUUUAUCGACAGUCCAGGAUCCAGCAUGACCAGGAACACGAACACGGACACGAAAACAUCCUACGGCUCCAUCGGAUCCUUCCCUGUGUCUCCAAUUCCACGCGCCGAAGGGCGUGUUUCCACGAUAUCUCCCCUACCGAGUGCCAAUGCGACGCUUUCCACAACCUCAACCCUCGAUAUUGCAUCGCCCGCCACACGAACUACCACCCUCGUCAAGGCGGUCAUCGUGACGGCAUCACCUGCCCUCCUGGCUACAAGUAGCUCUCCGGCACCAGUAAGACCCGUAGUCUUGACAGAAUCGUCAUUCACCGCACGGUUCCAGGCCGAGUCGCCACAGAUAUCAAGCACCCACACCAGCGACUCAAGUCCAGAUACGACUAGAACUAGAAGUAUGGUUCCCAGUACGAUGCCAGAUCCAAUGCUCAUUCCCAAUCCCAGACCAUCGGAAGCCCAUGUUUCCAGUCCUUCCACCGACCUCCCAGAAUGCAGUAUCGUCUUCGGCACCUCCACACCCAGUACAUGCACACUCGGACCACCCGCCGUCACGGUCCAUGCCUCGCAAGGUGGUGGUGGUGGUGGUGGUGGUGGUGGUCGUCGUCCAGAACGUCGGGCAGAAGCAGAGGCAUACUCGGAGGCGGGGCGGCGACCAGCCAUGCACACCGUCGUGGUGGUGACGUUGUGGGGCGAUGACGGACGUAUGGUGCCUCAGGUGAGUACGUUGAGGACCAUCCUCGUUGCGGAGACUGUCAGUGGAUCUAAGUCUGUGCAUUGA